AUAUCUCCACCUUCCUCUGUAUUUUAAAAGAAAUAUUAAAUGUUAAAUACAUUAUCCUGAAGCUAAUCUGUCAAUUUGUUCUCUUCCCAUACAGAUUGCUACAGUGCUACCUUUUUGGCGAAUCACCAGCGAUUUUGGACUGUAUUUUUUCCUGGCUUCUCCUUAGUUCAGAUUUUAACAUUCUUUUCUGAACAUAUAUAAGGAGAGCCAGUGUCUAAAGAGGGAGACCCUCUGGGGUACCCCGGCCUUGUGCCGGCCCCUCUAUUUUAGCCAAAAGCCAAAAACAUCUCUGGCUUUUUGGGUUUUUUUUUUGCUUAUUUUGUUUUUUGUUUUUUAACAUCUGGCAUUUAACAUCUGCCAUCAUUUUUUUAACAUCUGGCAUUUGAAGAACUACAUCAUCUUCUAUUAAGAGAGACAGCGACAAAGAUGGGUAUGUCAAACCCAAAAAAGCGCAAGAGAGAGGAGAGGAGUCGUGGAAGCGCCAAAAAGAUCAAAGAUGAGCGCGUGACCUGCCAACCUGCAGCGGAGAAGCCGGUUCCUAUACAAGACCAAUGGAACACCCUCAGGAACAUCAAAGGAGAACUGAACAUCUUUGAGGACUACGGGGAUGAGAGCUACCUGUUCUAUAAAGCCCUAGAAGAGAAAUUCCUACCAUCGGGGAUUCUCACAAAACAGACCACCAUUGAGGAAAGUUAUUGGCGGGAAGUCACCACCAUUUUAAUCAAAGUGCACAGACACUUUUCGCUGGACUUCUCCACCUUGUGCCUUGCUGUAAAAUACAUGGCAAGGUACAUCUCCGGAAGGCAACUGAGACCUGGCAUCCUGAAACCAGUGGGGGCCACUAGUUUGUAUCUGGCCAUUAAGAUCAUGGAAGACAAUCCACCCAACGCAGAAGAGUUUGCGCAGCUGUUUGGUGAAACUCAUUACUCACCAAGUUUCUUGGCAUAUAUUGAGAAUAUGAUUCUUUACCGACUGGAGUGUCGCCUGUACCAACCGACCAUAGACUUUUUUCUAGAGCACUUCACCUUAAUGAGUGUAUCCGCGGAGAUGUUUUUUUUUGAUAACAUCACUAGAGUAGCCAAUGCUCUUACAGCUGCCAGGGGCAUUGCAGCACUGACCAUGAUGAAGUAUGAAUUUCAUACUUAUUUACCAUCUUUAAUGGCUCAGUGCUGCCUUAAAGCUGCUGAACAUAUCCUUGGAUACAACUUAUUAGUGGAGUUGCCCAGCGACCAUCCAAGUCAGAUCGUGCAGAAAUGCCUCAAAAAAACUGUACUCCUGGCAUCAGCCAACAAGGAAUUUUUACACCAACUUAUGCCAGGAGUCUUUCCUGAGGUAUUUCCUAAGUUUCCUUCUCCCCCCACCAUCCAGAGAGGAAGAACAGGAGCCAAGGAACCAGUCAGGCAGCCUUGCAAAACAUCUGCAAAAAAGCCACAUGUAGAGUCAGGAGCCAAGGAGCCGGCCAGGAAGCCAGGCAAAACAUUGGCUAAAAGGCCAAAUCCAGAGACAGGAGCCAAGGAGCCAGCCAGUCAGCCCAACAAAACAUCGGCAAAAAGACCAAAGAUAGAGGCUCCCAAAGGUAGAACAGAGUCAGCAGCAGAGGCAGUCGCACCCACUAGAAAAACAGCACGGAACACACAAAGAUGCUGUAAAUUUUGCAAUGGCUCACACGCAUACACAUUUCCACAUACUCACACAGACACACAUUUAUCCUGAGACUUUUCAUCCUUUUCCUUCUCCCAUAACAGACCUGACGACAUACCCCCAUACAUAUUUACAUACACGCACACACAAACAUCUGAGUCACAGCUGCCAGAAGGGACAAGCAGUACCAUACUGGGGACAAGAAUAUGGUUAAACACACGCAAGCACCUUUAUGCCACUCGGUAGACCCUGCAUUCCUUUUCACUCAAUCCCUCUGCAGACUGCAAAGCCGGGUCUGUAGGCUGCAAGGGGAAUAACUGAAUGCAGAGGAAUGCAGCAUUCACCUUCCUGCUUAAAGGUACUUAUGUGUAUGUUGCCAUAUUCUCUUCUGUUUCCCUUCCUUACACCGCAGCUUCACCAGCGGUGCUCCUCCCUUCAUCCAAAAUAUGGUAUCAUAUAAAGGAGCACACUUAAGCCACUCGGUGGAUUCUGCAUUGCUUUUAACUCCAUCCUCGGGCUGUAGAAGCCGGGUCUGCAGGCUUCCUGGGACGGAAAUUGAAAGGAAUGCAACAUUCCCCUAGCAGCUUAAUGGCGCUCAAGUAUAUGCUGCCAUAUUCCCUUCUGUUUACCUUCCUUCCACCACAAUUUCAACAGCAGUACCCCCCCCUUACAUCUAAAAGAUGGUUUCAUACACAGAAGCACCCUUAAGCCACUCAGUAGACCCUGCAUUGCUUUUCAUUACAUCCCUCAAACUGCAAAAUCCGGGAUCCAAUGGAAUGAAGAGGAAUGCAGUGUUCACUUAGAAGCUUAAUGGAGCUCAUGUGUAUGCUGCCAAAUUUCCUUCUCUGUCCCUCACCCUGCUUCCCUUCUUUUAAUUAUGGAGCAUUGAUCCUGGGAGCAAAACCGAUUGCCGUUAAGGGGUCAGGAAGGAAUUUUUCCCUCUAGUGAAGCAGAUUAGACCUAGCUUCACAAAGGUUUUUUCGCCUUCCUCAGGAUCGAAAAGCCCAAUGUAUUCCAUCAAUAAAGCUGUGACUUACGCAGAUUAACCACAAAGAAGCUGUGUGUGUAUUUAUUCUGGGUAUUGGUGGGCUGGGAAUAAAGGUCGGUCCUUCCUUGAAAAAGCCAAGAUGACAUAUACAGGGAGAGGCAGAUGGGAGAGUGAAUCAAAUAGCCCCACUAGCAAUCAGUUUAGAAGCUGCUGCUGUGUUGUUCCUAGGGUCCCAUUUGCCUUAGCAACCAAUCAGUGACAGAGAGGGAGGUGAAAACAACCUAUUGCUAAUGAAAAGGGGUAGUUGGAAUAUACAAUUUGGCAGACUGGGGUAUAAUAGCAUGUAAUCAUAAGGAGAAUAUAGAAGAGAGUAGAAGUCUAUAGGAUUUGGUGUCAUGAGAAGAA